CAUCCUUUAUUAAGACGAUGAUUUCGAUGGUAGACUGUCCUCUGGUUCCGUUACUGUAUGUUCUGUGUCAGGUUCGUUGGAGGAAGAAGAAGAAGAAGAGAUGUUUGUUCUCAUCUGGGCGACUCUGCUUUUCUCUGUGAGAGUCAGCGAUGCUGAGACAGACCCGCCCACUGAACCUAUACUGUCUAUGAGUUCUGAGGUCACAGAAGGUCAGACCAUCACCAUCAGCUGCACUGUUGAAAGUUUCCCACAGUCAACUCUCACCUUGAUGAAGAUCAACACAAAUAAUCAGGUUGAAAUAAUCCCUGAAAAUAAUCUUAAUCCACGACCCAUCAACUCAAUCUCCCACACGUUUACUGUGACUUCAGCCGACGCUGGCUGGUACUUCUGCCGUGCCCAGAACACUGAGGGCUCAAAGUACAGCAAGCAGAAGAAGUUGGUGGUGAAAUACCCGCCCACUGAACCUAAACUGUCUAUGAGUUCUGAGGUCACAGAAGGUCAGACCAUCACCAUCAGCUGCACUGUUGAAAGUUUCCCACAGUCAACUCUCACCUUGAUGAAGAUCAACACAAAUCCUCAGUCUUUAAAAAGCACUGAAAAUAAUAUUUAUUCACGACCCAUCAACUCUCUCUACCACACGUUUACUGUGACUUCAUCCGACGCUGGCUGGUACUUCUGCUGUGCCCAGAACACUGAGGGCUCAAAGGACAGUAAGAAGAAGGAGUUGGUGGUGAAAUCAAGUGUCUUGGUCCAGAUUUGUCCUGGGCCAGGAGAAGACCAGAAGUGA